UCACAUUUGUGAAUGCAAAAACCCGUCUUGUAUUGUCGAGAAAUAAUCACAAGAUCGCCAAAAAUCACUUUUUUGUAAUAUUAAGACACCUAAUUCAUAAUUAACGUGCAUUUUUAACGUAAACCUAGUUUAUCCCCCACGUCAAAUUUUCCGUCUCAGUCACACAUGAUAAAUUGCAUUAAAAAGCAUCGGUCUAUCUCCGUUGGCUGAGGACGCCUAAUUCUAGUCCGAUCUAAAAAUAGACAUCAAGUGUCAACAAGCACAAACGGUUUUUUAAAGGGAAAAUGUGGAAGAAAGUGUAAAACGGCGAUUCUUAUCUAAUUUUGUAGUGAAAAGUUGUAAAAUUUGUUGAAAAAGACGUCAAAUGCCGUGCAUUUCGUACUAGAAACUAGAAAACUAUAAAAAUUAAGUUAAACCUGGAAUCGUGCUAUUGUAUAGGAGUUAAUUAUUUAUCAGAGAGAAGGCAUUUAGCUCACCUACGUGUAAUCAUCUUGUCAUUUUUGUCUCAAUUUCGUGUUUGUUUUUCGUCCAGCAAUGACAGAACGCUACUCGUUUGCUGUUGAUACUAGCGUCUGGAGCCAAGACAACAUUGACAACGUGCACUCGACCCUCACAGACACCAUAAAUGAGAGCUAUGCAACGGCCGUUGAAGACUCCCCAAGUCGCUAUUUAUCAGUCUUGGACUCAAGCGGCGAAAUGUCGCUUGAGAACCUCAACAUCACCUUGUCGAACCCUAAACUGGAAGUGGAAGAACCGGUGGAAAAUUUCAUCCCUGAAGAAGUUCUAGAACAGCCACAAGAAGAGUCAAAUGAGCAACAAGUUGUAAUCUUUACAAUUGAGGGCUCCGACGAGUUGUUUGGGAUACAAGUAGCGCAGGACGAGGAUGGGAAUUUACAAAAAUAUCAAUUCCAGUUCCGGAAAAAUGAAGAGGGGCAACUCGAGGCGAUCCCCGAGUCGAUUCAACUGCUGCCAAUGGACGAAAUCGAAGAGCAGGAGGUUGUGGAACAAGUGGAGGAAAAUGUCCAUUUGUUCCUCCAAGAGGAGAAUUCCGCUGAUCACAUUUUACCAGACAACACACUGGUACAAGAGCAAGAAGAAGAGUCCUUGUUGUACGAGCCUAAUGAGGUCGAGGAGGAAACGGUGGAUAUUAAGCCUGCCAUCUUGUCACUACACAAUGUCAAACAAGAAUUGCAAGAGAGCCAGUCGGAGUACGCCAUACCGGAACCAGUCAGUGAAGAACCUCCUGAGCAUCAUCUCGACUAUGAGGAGAGUCCUGAGCAAACUCAGGACAAUUUAGAAGAAUACAAUGAAGAAGAACCUUUCGAACAUGAAGAAAAUUCCUCUGAGUCGGCGGUUUUGCCCGAAGCUAAGGUUUUCGAGCACGUAGAAGUGCAACCUGACAUGGAGAUAACCCAACACGAACCACCGGAAGAAAUCGAAGAUUUUAACAAUGAAAACGUUAAUGAUUCUGACGAAAACGAUUACCAGAUCGUAGAAGGCAUGCACAUAACCGGUGACGUUGAAACAAACGAAAUAAACCCAGUGGAUAAACAAAACACUUUCAAUAGUACAAAUAUCUUGAAACAUGUUGUGAAAUCAAAUAAGGACGCACAUAAAUUAAAAAAAGACAAUAAGUUGUAUUUUUACGUGGUUCAACAUCCGGAAAAGGAAAAUGUCGAUUCUUUGUCGUUGGAAAUGUCAAAUUUAUGCCGGCCCAAGGUCAAUCCCAGGUCAAUAUUAAAAAGUUCCCAUGCAAUGUUUCAAAGUAAGAACGAAAUGGAAAAUGUUGAGCAACAAGACGAGAGAUUAAAUAAGAGAUUUGCGAGGUGUAAAGAGGCUAUGCAAGCCCGAAUUUUCAAUAAUUUUAUUAACAAAACGACGAUUCCGCAAGCCCCAAUCAGACAAAGCCGCCUGCCCAGGAAACAGAAAAUCAAGCCUUUGGAGAGGAUGGACGAGGAGAUAGUCGUGCAGGAGGUUAUGGUCUCAUCGACUGGAUUCGUAGACACGACCUCUGGAGGUGUCAAUAAGGAGAACCUUGAGGUGACCGAAUACGUGGAACUGACCGACUCUGAUGACGACUACGACCCGAAAAAAGUCAACCGGAAGAAGAAGAAACACAGGAGGAGGAAAAUCGAGAUAACCAUAAGCGAUGAAAGCGAUGUUUCGAACGACAGUGUCAUUGAACUGAACGAAACCGACGACGAAGAACCGAAAAGUCCCGACGUUCCCAAGCGCCGUCGGGGUCGUCCCCCUAAAAACAAACCUACCGAAACGGCCUCUAGUGAUUCCCCGGCGAAAAAAUCGCGAGUUGAAGCGAUUGACAAUCAGACUAAACCCGAAAUCCCUUGUCCGAAAUGCGAAAAAACGUUCCCUAGUCAAAAUAGCCUCAAAACACAUCUCCAACACCAUAAUCUUCAAAGUUCGAUCAAAAACGCGUUACCUGAGUCGAAGUACAAAUGCGACGAUUGCGCAAUUUCUUUCAAAAACAGUGUCUUGCUGAAAAACCAUAAGUGUUUGAAAAAGUUCACUUGUCCUGUUUGUAAAAAGAAAUUUCCUGAUACGUCGAGUUUGACCGGACAUAAACGAAUCCACGCGAAAGAACAACUCGUGAAAACUACAGCCGUUGCGCAGGUGUCCCCUAAGAAAAUGAAAGCUGUGCUGCCAACUCAAAAAAGUCCCCCGAAUAAAUGUAAAACUUGCGGAAAGGUAUGCUCGUCGGAGCAAAACUUGAACGUUCAUGUAAAAACGCACAAGGAGUAUAUUUGUGGCAGUUGUUCAGCGUCGUUCAUUUCAAAAUUUAUGUUGGAGAAACAUGUGAGGGAAAAUUGUGUAAAGUUCAAGAUGCCUCAAAUCACGAGAAGAUCCAUGAGGAUCAAGAGUGCCUCGGGUGUGGAGAAACAACAAUCACCGAAAAGCCCCAAAAGAGCCUCCUUGAAGACUGGGGGGAAAUUGUCUUCACUGAAAGUGAAGUGUGACAAUUGUAAUGACCAAUUUGCGACUUAUAAAGCACUUAUUCGGCAUAAAGUGGUCAAACAUAAUUUGGAGACGCCAGAUAAGGCGACUCUGAAAAAGGUGGAGGUGAGGAAUAAGUUCGAUGGGGGAGUACCAGCGGCGAAGAAUUUGCAGAAUGUUUGGAGUAAUUUCAAGUGCGAAUUGGACUUUUGUGAAUAAUAAUGUAAUGUAGAUUUGUAAAUAGGCUUAUUAUGUAUAUUAGGCAUGUAUUUUGUAAUUGUAAUAAAUUUUUCAACCGUAA